AGGGCUGCUUCCUCACCCCCGGCCCGGCUGUGCCCUCCCGCCACUGCCAGCCGCGUCUGGGCCCUGCUCCCAGGCUGGCUCUGCCAGCCAGGCACCGUGCCAGCUGUCUGCUCAGCUGGGUGCCACGGGAAAAUCUCAGGCCGCCCAGGUUGGGGCGCUCCGCGGGAAUCCCUGGCCUCUGUGGCCGCUCACCUGUCUUCCCUCUUUCUGCAGUGCCGCGGGACAUGGCUCCCCAGGCCGCCUCGCCCGGGCUCGUCUAGGAGUGGCAUCCCUGUGGCACCCUGAAGGCCCGCUCUGGACUCCCCAGGAAGGUGCCACCUUGCAGAGCCGCUCUACCGAGGGACCAGCUCUUGGAACACCCUCCGGCCCAGCAGCCCCAGCAGAGUGGGGGCCCCCGGAGACUGGGCCUGGCUUGCUGACCUAGGACGGCAGCUGCAGGACCGAAGGGGGGAGGCUGACCCCUCCAGACCCCCUUGGGCCCAUGCCCCCGCGAGGGGCGGCCUGAAGCCCCUCACAGCCCGACCGGACUGUCCGCCUGCCCUUCUGACUGUGGCUUCCUGGCAUGGCCAGCAAUAGCAGCUCCUGCCCGACACCUGGGGGCGGGCACCUCAAUGGGUACCCGGUGCCCCCCUACGCCUUCUUCUUCCCCCCGAUGCUGGGUGGACUGUCGCCGCCGGGCGCCCUGACCACACUGCCGCACCAGCUUCCCGUGAGCGGAUACAGCACCCCGUCCCCGGCCACCAUCGAGACCCAGAGCAGCAGUUCCGAAGAGAUCGUGCCCAGCCCGCCCUCCCCGCCGCCUCUGCCCCGCAUCUACAAGCCCUGCUUUGUCUGCCAGGACAAAUCCUCAGGCUACCACUACGGGGUCAGUGCCUGUGAGGGCUGCAAGGGCUUCUUCCGGCGCAGCAUCCAGAAGAACAUGGUGUACACUUGUCAUCGCGACAAGAACUGCAUCAUCAACAAGGUGACCCGGAACCGCUGCCAGUACUGCCGGCUGCAGAAGUGCUUUGACGUGGGCAUGUCCAAGGAGUCCGUGAGGAACGACCGCAACAAGAAGAAGAAGGAGGCGCCCAAGCCCGAGAGCUCGGAGAGCUGCGCGCUGACGCCUGAGGUCGGGGAGCUCAUCGAGAAGGUGCGCAAAGCGCACCAGGAGACCUUCCCGGCCCUCUGCCAGCUGGGCAAAUACACUACGAACAACAGCUCGGAGCAGCGCGUGUCCCUGGACAUCGACCUGUGGGACAAGUUCAGCGAGCUCUCCACCAAGUGCAUCAUCAAGACGGUGGAGUUCGCUAAGCAGCUGCCCGGCUUCACCACGCUCACCAUCGCCGACCAGAUCACGCUGCUCAAGGCCGCCUGCCUGGACAUCCUGAUCCUGCGGAUCUGCACGCGGUACACGCCCGAGCAGGACACCAUGACCUUCUCCGACGGGCUGACCCUGAACCGGACCCAGAUGCACAACGCUGGCUUUGGCCCCCUCACCGACCUGGUCUUUGCCUUCGCCAACCAGCUGCUGCCCCUGGAGAUGGACGACGCGGAGACCGGGCUGCUCAGUGCCAUCUGCCUCAUCUGUGGAGACCGGCAGGACCUGGAGCAGCCGGAGCGCGUGGACCUGCUGCAGGAGCCACUGCUCGAAGCCUUGAAGGUCUACGUGCGCAAGCGCAGGCCCAGCCGCCCCCACAUGUUCCCCAAGAUGCUCAUGAAGAUCACCGACCUGCGCAGCAUCAGCGCCAAGGGGGCCGAGCGCGUGAUCACGCUGAAGAUGGAGAUCCCGGGCUCCAUGCCGCCGCUCAUCCAGGAGAUGCUGGAGAACUCCGAGGGCUUGGACACGCUGAGCGGACAGUCGGGGGGCGGCGGGCGGGACGGGGGUGGCCUGGCCGCCCCGCCGGGCAGCUGUAGCCCCAGCCUCAGCCCCAGCUCCAACAGAAGCAGCCCGGCCACCCACUCGCCGUGACCGAGACCGAGACCGCGGACGCAGCCCCGCCCCACGCUCCGGCUUCCUCUGCCGUCCACCGACCACGGGACCCUGCCCGCCCAGACAGACCUGGGACCUUCGGGCGCCGCAGGGAGGAGGCCGAGGCCGGCCGCGGCGAUGGCGACGGG